GUCCAAGAAGCGCGCGCCGGACAACGGCCAAGACGCGGACGAUCUUGCGGAGACGCGGAGAAAAGCUCGACGGAUCAAUCACUAUUUGGACCUGGUGCCGGCGCGCUACUACCUUGGGACGGAGAGUGCCCAGGCAAAGGGCGGGAAGUGGGCCCACUUGGACCCAAAGCUGGCAAAGUCCACCACGCAGCUGAUAGCAGAAGCGGCGACAGCAGAAGAUCAGCCUGCCACCGCCUCGAAGAAGAAAAAGAGCAAAGACAAGCGGGCGCGGAGCCUCUCGCAGUCGCCGGAGCCUUCCGGGCCGAACUCCCGGGCCGAGCUCCGCGAGAAGCUGAACCGGCGGAUAGAGGAGCUCAAGGAAGAGCGCCGGCGCAAGCAGUCCGAGGCCGACAAGGCCAAGGCUGCAGAAGUUCGGGCCGCUCGCGAGAAGGCGGCGGCGUCUGCUCCGAACGGAGUGAAGACCAACCACAAAUCCGAGGCACGCGGGCGAGCGGCCCAGGCCGAGGAAGAUGAGGAGCCCGAGGUUGGCCGAGUCAGCUUCGACGCAGAGGCGUCCGGUCUGCCCUUCGAGGCCAGCGUUGGCCACCGUGGGAAGAAGGUGAAGAAAUUGCAAGCCGAGCUGCGGAAGCAGGAGGCCGACGCGGCGAAGCUGCGCGAGGCCGAGCGUCGGGGUGAGGGCGAGGAGCUUCGGAAGGAGCUCGCCUACGAGAAGGCCCUCCAGCGUGCCCGCGGGGAGAAG